AUGGCCGCUAGUCUGCAGCGCUUCCGCCUACGCGCCUCGGUGCGACCACGACUGCCAUGCAUUCCAAGGAGAACGCAUGCGUACUGCGUAGCAGCGCGCACGCCGGCGUCCUGCGUCGCAGCGCGAGCCACAGUGCUGGCGCUCGCAGCCGGAGCCUGGCGACACCGGAAGCAGCCGGCACUGUGUGAGCCGCCGCCGCCGCCGCCGCCGCUGCCACCGCUUGAGACGGCGCUGGCGCCAGUCGCGAGCGAGCAGCCGCUUCCACUGGCUCGGCGGUUGGCGCGCGUCGCCUUCUAUGCGCUGCGAGCCGCCUACCUGUGGCUCGUGUUUUCGCCGCUGCUGCUGUCUAGCCCGCUCGCCUUUUGGCAGAAGCGGUUCCCGCAGCUCGAGGAGGUGUGGUGGAGCUGGUGCAUCGCCACGCUCGAGCGCACCGGCGCGCUCGCCAUCAAGCUCGCUCAGUGGGCCUCCUCUCGUCCCGACCUCUUUAGCAGCCGAGUCUGCGGCCGGCUCCAGCACCUUCAGGACCACACGCAGCCCCACUCGCUCGAGGCGACUGAGGCGGCGCUCGACGCCGCCUUCGGGCCGGGCUGGCGCUCGGUCCUCCGCAUCGCGCCGCACCCCGUCGGCUCGGGCUGCAUAGCGCAGGUGCACCGCGGCGAGCUCCUGCGGGAUGGCGAGUGGGGGCCGGUGGCGGUCAAGGUGCUGCACCCGCAGGUGGGUCGGUACAUCCGCGCGGAUGGGGCCCUGCUUCGGCUCGUGUGCGGCGGGCUGCAGCGCCUCCCGCGGGUCCGGAGCGAGGCGGACAACUUGCGCCGCUUCCGCGCCAACUUCGCGCGCGCGGGGGGCGGUGCCCCGCCGGUCGACUUCCCGGAUCCGGUCGGCGGGUACGUGGCGCGGCCCGCUCUCUGUCGUGUCGUGCGAGGCGAGGCGAGGGCCGUCCUCGUCGAGUCGUGGGUCGACGGCGUCCCGAUGAUCGAGUGGGCGGCGGGGCUGGCAGAGACGGCAGAGGAGCGGCAGCAGCUCUGCAACACGGGCAUCGACGCCUUUUGCGAGAUGCUCUUUGUGCACAACUUUGUCCACGGCGACCUCCACCCAGGCAACGUGCUCGUCACAACCACAGCAGACGGCUCGCCGCGACUCGCCUUCCUCGACGCGGGCAUCGUCGUCUCGUACUCGGAGUUUGACCACGGCAUGCUGAUCGACAUCCUCGGCCCGCGCGCUGCGGCCCGCGCAGGCCACUUCCUCAACUACGAGGGGUACGAGGGCGGCGCGCUCAUGAUCGAGCAGACGGCGGCGCAGUCGGACGUCUCGGACGCCCACGGCUUCUGCACAAAGAUCGGCGAGAUGGUCAACUUCGCGCGCGACACGCCAACCUUCUUUGACCAGGCGUGCGACCACCGCGUGCGAGUGCACGCGGGCUUCAUCUCGAUCGCCCUCUCCGUCAAGGUGGUCGAAGGGAUCGUCAUUCAAGUCGACCCUGCGGCGGUGGUCGCGCCGCGCGCCAAGGCGGUCGUGAUACGCGAGAGCCUGAAGCGCAAGGGCCGGGCGCUGCUCGGCCGGACCGCGCGACCGGGCGAGGACGCCGACGCCGAGGCGCGACGCGAGGCGGAGCGGCAGGCGCAGCACCGCGCCUCGGAGGAGCGGGGCGAGCGGGAGCGGAGGAGGCGCGCCGCUCUCGCGCGAGAGAGGGCUGCCGCCGAGCAGCAGGCGCCCUGA